CCCACAUGAUCUUGAAAGAAAAUUGAAACCGAUAACUGGGAAAUAAUCGGUUGCAGUAACAUAAUAUUUAUGUUCAGAAUGAUUGAAAUGAAAAAUGAUCAAAAUACAAAAAACAACAGAGAUGAAUUCACCUAAUGAGGCAAUUUGAUAGGUUGUGUUAGUGAAACUAUGAUGAGCUUGUAAAAUUCAGUUGCCUUUUGUUUUCUAACUUUUAACGGGUACAACCCACUAAUGAACGCAUUAAUGAAAGUAUUAUCGUUUUUAGUGGAUUCUGCAUUUAAUUCUGCAUUCUCACUCUGGUUUCCUACAUUUGAAAAGUAAUUCCUUCUCAGCCUGGACUGGUCAUCCUUAUUCAGAAUAAUUAUCUUAAUAAUUUUUUUUAAAUCUAUUUCCUAGAUUAAACAUUUCUUUUGAUGUAUUUUUUGUUCAAUUUGUUAGACAAAAUAGGAUAUUUUUAUGUUUAUGAGGUGAAAACACAAAAGAAAAAAGCCCAGGAUUCUGAAGAUGGACCUGUUCGUGUUUAUGUGACUCCUUUCUGUUCAGCUUUAGGUGUAAAUUGAAUGACUUUGAAGCGGUACAAGCAUAAUACAUAAAUACAGUUCCACUGCGGCACGACCCUCAUGUGACCACACGGGAAGUGAAGCUCGGUGCCGAUAAUCAGUCCUGGAAUUUCACACAUGAAAUUAGAGUUUCCUGUCAACUGAAUGCUCUUGUUUUCAAAUAGACACAGCAGAUUUUCACUUCCCCAUUUCUGUGGCUGAAGCUUGUCACAAGUGGCGAGAUGUUGCACAUCUGUCUUCUCAGUGGGGUGCUGACAUGCAGAUGUGCUGGUGUGCUUCUGCAGACCUAGUUUCUCAGAUUGUUUGUGUUUUUACGAGAUCCUCUGCGUUGCUUUGUUGUUUAGCUGGAGCCAUUUUAGCGGCUGACGGGGAAGUAGGACUUCACACGGAGGAGGGCCUCUUUUAUCUGCAGAGGUGGCAAAGCGUCAGGGACAGCUGGCAGCUCUGGACGUAAGAGGCUGCACCGAAGACCAGGCUACAUGAGAGGAGACCAGUCCAGACUGCAGGUCACUGUUCAUGGCCAGGAGGAGGAGGAAGAGGAAGAUGAGGAGGAGCGCAUCACUCCCAUUAGGAAUGGUGAAUCUGGACGUCAGCAGCUGAGUCAAACCCCUCCUCUCAAAGCGUUUUUAACGAACCAGUUGCGAGGCGGUAAACCCACACUGACUAGUAGGAACUUUCUUAGUUCCGUCAGCCGUCCCCGUCCCUCUGGUUCUGUUCAGAGUACUUUGACCCGUCCAGCUCAGUCCUCACUCCCACAGAAAGAACUCAGGUUAAGUUCGAGUCCUGCUCGUCAGUCCUCUCCAGAGGACUCCUUUAACUCCAGUUUCAGCUUCAUCCAACAGUCUCUCAGCUCCGGCCAGAGGACCGACACAAAUGCUGCACCUGUUCAGAAAGCAGAACCAUUAAAUCAACCGUCCAGAACACCAAACCACACAGCAACAAAGACAAACACUUUCCUCAUGGAGCACAAACAGUCGACUCCUGUCCCUCCAUCUGGAGCCAGCCGGGGAGAGAAGGAGGAGACUUCAUCAGGCGAGAGGUUCAUGUACCAUCUUCCUGACUGUGAGUUCCAGCCUCCUGAUGUAGAAGUCACUUCCUCUCUGUCGGUGGACUCAGAUACCGCGUCCGCCUCUUCUGUCACCUCCGGCUAUGAAAGCGCCACUCCUGCCUCGGAGCAGGGCUGGGACACCCUGGUGAAGAAGUACGAGGGCGUGCUCCAGGACUGCCUCCAAAGCAACCGCACCUACACCAAGAUUGAGUCCAUGAUGUUAAAGCUGCAGCGACUGCAGCAGAAAGCCAUUCUGGACGACGAUUACGAUGCAGCUGAGCGCUUUGGGAAGAAACUGGAGGAGCUGUGUAGAGAGCGUGGAGCCCUGAAGCUUGGUUUACCCUCCAGACAGCCCAGCGUGGCUUUGUUCCUGGAGAGGCUCAGACAGGUGGUGCACGGCGCCAUCCAGAGGAAUGACUGCAGUCAGCGCAAGGCAGAACCAGACACAGGGGAGCAGUCCGACCUGCUGCAGCAGCGGGAUCAUCUGAUCCAAGAGAAACGGCUGGUUGAGGGGCAAAUCUCAGAGCUGCAGCAGAGGCUUGCAGAGCUGAAGGAGCACAGUCGAUACCUGGAGCAGCAGAUCCAGCUGGAGGAGCAGCAGCUGGAGGCGAAGGAGCUGGAGAGCUCCGUGCUGCGGAGCUGUACCAUGGCUCAGCUUCGAGACAUGAGCAGAACCCUGCAGGACCUCAUCACAUCUGAAAACAGAGCCCGGAUCUCCGUCUGCCCUCCACCCUCCACCUUCAGACUGCAGGAGCAGGAGCAGGUGUUAAACCUGUCCAUCAAGGAAGCUACAGCUAAAGUGGUCAUGAGUCAGAGGCUGGGCAGCAGCCUGAGGAGAAAAGUCAGCGAGACCGACACGCAGCUUUUGGCGCUGCAUGAAGCCAAACUGGCAGCCAUCUCUGGUAAUGACUUCAGCAGCGCCAAGGAGCUGAAGGCUGAGAUGAAGGCGGUGUACCUGGAGCGGGACCGGCUGGAGGCUUUGGCCAAGAGGCUGCACAGCCUCAGCUCAGGGAGCAGCCAGGAGCUGGCCGGGAUGAAGGAGCAGCGGCAGCAGCUCAGGCAGGAGCUGGAGCAGAGGGAGGCGCAGCACGAACGCCGGCUGAAAGAGAACACCGUCAAGUACGUGGAGCUGUUGGAGGGCAGGCUGCACAGUUGUGGCUGCUCUGGCUUGGAGCGGAUUUGGGAAGCUGACCUGGAAGUGUGUCACCUGUUCUUGCGUGGUCUGCAGUUGCGAACUCCAAGCUGCAACGAAGCCGACAUUGAGGACCUCCCCUCUGCACACGUUGGUCUUCCAAUCCCACCUUGCACCAAAGAAGAAGAAGAUUGUGCCAUGCUGACAGCUCUUGGUGGACGCUGGUGUCCUGAGGCCAACUUACAGAACUCAGAGUUCACAAAGAAACUGGAGGAGUUUUUGUUCUGCAUGGAGGAAAACCACGCAGAGGAUGUGUGCAGCGAGGCGGAGGCUGCAGACCUGAUGGAGCGCUGUGAGCUGAUCAGUGACAGACUGAUGGCCUUGGAGGACGAACUGCAGACGGCUUUGCUGAAACAGGAUCGAGCCCUUACCCAGUCCUUAGAAACAGAAGUUCAGCAGGUAAAGUCCACUUUACAGGCCAUGCUCGCACAGCUGAAGGUGGAGGAAGAGGAGGAAGAGGAGGGAGAGGAGCUGAAUGACCUGAUGAAGAAUGGGACUCUAGAGGAGGAGGAGGAGGAGGAGGAAGAGGAGGACCAGUACUUCAGUGACAGCUGGGACAUCUGAACCUGGAGCAACAGCAAGAAUCUGACCUUGGUGUUGAAUAAAAGUGACCUCAUUAUCAGUUUACAGAUUAGCCAAGGGGCUUAAAUGCCUGCGCGACAUUUAGUGGAACUGCAAAAGGAAAUAAACAUCAAGGGUUUGAUUGGCAGUACAGCCGUGGCCACCAGUUUUACAUCAUUUAGUCAUCCUGAAGUAGGUCUUUAAACCUAGAUUUAACUACUAGACAUCCAAACAGGGCCUGGAAAUGCAAACCAGAACAAACUGCUGUCCCCCUAGUGGCUGGCUGCAGCGUUAGUUUUAAAGGAGCAUGGCGUAAUCAUUCCACAGUGAAAUAAUCACAAAACAGUCUAAUGACUCAGUCAUGGAAGGAAGGUCACAAAGAAACAGCUUUCAUUCUCAGCUAACUAGGGUGUUGUCAGUUUUUCUCCCUUAAAAAAACUAAAGAUGGACGUAGCCAGCACUCCGCCCACGCGCAUCUGGCACUGUGCGUAGGGCACCAACUGAUCAACCUUACCCCCCCCCCCCCCAGCUCAAACACCAGCCGUGUGGUUCAAUCUUCAGUGGUCUCCAGUAGGAAUGAAUGUCCUGUAAGUCGUUGUCGGGGGGGAAAAAUGUACCGGUGCACCUUUUUCAGGAGCUAGAAGUGAGCCACAUCGCAGCUGAGCUUCAGACGGCAGGUUUUGUAGUCUAUUUUUUCUGAUAUUUAGACAUUUUGCCCCAGAUUGGAGAACAGCAACGCAAUUCUACCACUGACUUGACUUCCAACACUGAUAUCUACCUCCACAAAUAACACAAGCCUGGAGGAUUUUCUGCUGUGUGGUGGAGUUGCUAAUGCUAACGGUUAGCUUCUACUAAUCCAGACACUCUCAGCUGCUUCUUGGACGCUAAACCAACAACAACCUUCCCCGCCACGGGUCUAGAUGGGUGAGUCCAUGAACGUUAAGUGACAGAAAAUAGACGGUGAAACUCUAGGAUUUGAAAAUCCUGACAGAUCUACGUCACACUAUCAGAAGCUAAUGCAGGAGAUAGGUGUAGGAGACUAUUUUCAUGUUCAGCCUGCAUGUUAAACUCAGAGUGACUGAUUGUAAUCAGAAAUAAUCAUAAAAAAUGGGGUUUCAGUGAACUACGCUUGUUUGCUGCUGUUCUCGACUCCAGACCCUCCUCCCGAAGUCUCCUCCUCGAUGUGCUGCAGAUCUCUCACACCUGCCAGCGGCACCUUCUGGUCAAACUCUGAAGUUUAUGCAAACUGAUGACAUUUGUGUCAUUCUGAAAACUCUUGGCCGCCACUGUGUCUAUGAAAAGGUUCCAGCUUGCAGACACUGACAUGGGAAUUAUUUUUCACUUUACAUGUUUUCGAGUAUAAAUAAUGCAUCAAAGGUAAAAAAGUGACAUUUUAGUCCGUUUUGCUUUUCUUUUUGGGAAAUUUGGUUUCAGUAACACUUUGACCAGCAACGUUCAGAUGAGUCAACAUCAGCUGGACAACAUGAGGACAAUCUAAGCUUUUUAACACGUUUGCACUCAAACUAAUGCACGUUUAGUUUUUAAACCACUCAUGAGUGUCAUCUGUACACGUGGGCUCCACUUACAAGUGAUGCUGUUUUAUCAAAGUAACUUGUGGUGCUAAAAAUGUGAGCAAGCUUGAACACUUUAUUUUCUUUGUGUGGAAAAUGCAAUAUUUAGUAUUUUAAAUUGUUUUUGUGCACAAAUGUGAAAAGAUAAUAUGUGUUAUUUACAUUUAAAAUCACAGCAGUUAUCCACUUUUCUGCCUGUUGAUUCGAUGUAUUUCUGAGUGUUUUUUCCCCUCUCGAGUUUUGCCAGGAAUAUAUUUUUAAUUUACGGUGCAGCCUGAAGUCACUAUAUGAUCUUUCAGCUUUCCUCCUAACAGCUUGUCACUAAUUACAACAUCUAGUGUUCAGUCUGACGCUGGGCCCUGCUGCUUUUCUGCUUCUAUUGAAUUAUAAAUCCCCGCUGGUGGUUUAUUAUUUUUCUUCCCCCAACAUAAAAUGUGUGGGCAUGCUGCCAGGCUUGUGAGGGCAGCGUUGACAUGUAGGAGAUAUCAGCACGUGAAUAAAGGUCCUCUAGUUCGUUCUGUA